AUGCCGGCCCCCACUACUACCCUUCUGAUCGAGGGCUCCUUCAGCGAACUCGCUGAUGAGUUUGCCCAGUACAUCGAUGCUCUGCGCAAGGCCGAAGGCACCACUAUCCAGGCCGAAAUCUCCCCACUGCUGGAGCCCCUGCGUCAGCAGGAACAGACUGAUGCUCAGCCCGAUACCAAGCAGCGCGAUGAGGUUCUCAAGAAACUGGUUUCGGCGGCGGUUGUAUUGAACACAGCGCCUGAAAAGGAAAUUACGCCUUCGUACAAUCUCCUCGUUCACCUCGUCCAUCAGGCCUCUGAGCCGGACAUGUUCCUCUCCCGCAUUUGCUCCUAUCUCGCCAAACCCAUCACCUCCUCCGCCCAGUUUGGCCCCUCGCUUUCCAUCUCGAUCCUGUCUACCAUCUUCAAUACCCUCGCCCCUACCGACUCUAGCCGCUUUCACGUUCUCUUGGCCAUCGUCGCCGUCAUCCGUCAGUCCGGCUCCGCCAUCGCCUUUGAAGCUCUGAAGCCCCAGUUGACAGCCCAGCUGCCGACCUGGCUAUCUGCCUGGGAGUUGGAUGAGGACGAGGCCCAGCGCCUGCAUCUCGCCGUGGUCGAUGCCGCCCAGGCCGCGGGAGACCCCGAGCUGGCUCAGAGGCACAUCGUGCAGGCUCUGCAGACCAUCCCUGCCGCGCAGGCCUCAUCCAAGGAGGCCCGCGAUUUGGCCGUCCGUGCUUUGACUUCCGCCCUCACUCACCCUGGUGUCUUCGAUUUCACCCCCCUGACGGCCUCCGAUGCGGUCCAAGCCCUUCGAUCGAGUGACAGCACCCUGUUCGAGUUGUUGGAGAUCUUCACCGCCGAUACCCUCGAUGCCUACGAGGCCUUCAUUGCUACCACUCCUUUGUCCACUAUCUCAGACGGUGUGCUGGCCGAGUCUGGCGAGGCCUUGCAGAACAAGAUGCGUCUCCUGACCUUGGCCUCACUGGCUGCGUCGAUCCCGUCGCGCUCUCUACCCUACUCGACCAUCGCUACCGCCCUGCGGGUGCCCGCCGACGACGUUGAGAAGUGGGUCAUUGAUACCAUCCGUGCCGGCUUGGUGGAAGGCAAACUAUCUCAGCUGCGUUCCGAAUUCCUAGUGCACCGUGCCACUUACCGAGUCUUUGGAGAGAAGCAAUGGGCCGAGGUGCAGGGCCGCCUCAUGGUCUGGCGCCGCAGUCUGGAACGCGUACUGGGAGUGGUGCACAGUGAGCGCGAGCGGUUUGUCCGGGAGGGACUACAGGCGGCUGCGGCUGCAGAGGAGGCUGCCCAGGGAAACAAGGGUGAUAAAGGUGGCAAGUCCGGUGAUCGACGACAGCGCCAUGGAAACAGCCAACAAUCUCAACAGCAGCAGCAGCAGCCGCCGCAAUCUCAGCCUCAGCCUCCGGCAGAGCUGGUCGGCGCCGAGUAA